ACUACACCAAGGAGAGAACCCUGCAGGGGACAAAACAGCUUCUAAAAUGUGAUUGGGGACUACCAGGAAACACCACAACAAAUGCCCCAAACACAGGAAGGAGCCCAGCAGCUGCAGGAAGGCAGCAUGAGGAUCAACAGAGACACAUGCCAGGAUGAAGCCACUCUCACCAGCAGAGCAGAUGGGGGAGGUGACACAUCUACUGCUGGAGCUCAGCCCCCCAUGUUUGUUACAGCUGGCAGAGGUGAGACAUCCACCUCACCAUCCCACCCAGAGAAGGAAAAAGGUAAUUCCUGAUCAUCCUCACCAGCUCUGCAGCUGCCUCCUGGCCUCAAACAGCCUUUCCCUCUCCCCCAAAAUGCAACCACUGCCCCAUUCCUCCCUCUCCCUGAGAGGAGAACUGUCAGUUGUGGUCUCUGAGGGAAAGGCACUGCCCCAGCCAGCCUGGAAUAAAGCUGGAGAAUCAAAGCCCAGAUCCAGGCAGAUACUUUGUGGUAACCUAAGAUGCCAUGAACAUCUGGGGAGAUUUUUCAAAGGAGCCAGUGAAUCCUCCUGGGCAGGGGCUGUUGCUCCAUCUGAGCCGCUGGGGAGCUGCAUUCACACCCACACAGGGGCCAAAGAGCCCAAACAGGGUGCAAACAGCCACUGCCCCAGCGCUGCCCGUGGCAGCGACACAGCACUGGGAUGCCACAUGCCAGGAGCCCCAAGCGUGGAGCAGCAGCAGCUCCAUGGAGAGCUGAGGAGCACAGGACAGGAGCUGACUCAGUCCAUGGCAAGGAGGAUCUCCCAGCACAGGCUGAGAUGGAGCAGCAGCUACGUAAGGUGUUGUUGUUUUUUCCUGAUGUUAUCCCCAUUUUCCCAGGUCCCGGGUUCAGACAGACGUCUGCCAUGGGCAGACAGCGAGACUGUGAGCUGGCACUGCUGCCAUGAGCAAAGGGACAGGGCCAUGGAGUGCUGGGCCCUGCCAGCCUCUUCCCACAGGGAUCUUGCAUGGGCAAAGGGUGCUCUGGCUCUGGCUGCCUGCCAGAGGAGGAUUUGUCCAUUACAGUCUCACUUGCUUUUGGGGUGUGGCCUGAAAAAGGGAGUGUUGGAAUAUUUGUAGGGGGUUUUCCACAUUUUGUUAUGAAACCCUUGGGUUUUCCAUGCCUUGAAUUUGGGAGCACAUACCUUUAGCAAGUAAUUUUACAGGUGCUUGGCUCCAAGGUGAUGCUUCCCACCUGUUGGUUUGUAAAUGCUCUGGAAUGAGUGGUGUAUUUAACUAUUUCUAAGCAAUGGGGAAGCUGUGG